GCGAGAGCCCGCCCACCGACGUCACGGCUCGGUUCGUAUAAUUGGAGGAGCAGAGAGGGAAGCCGGGGAGCUCGGUGAGGACGGUCAGUCGGUACAGUGAGAUAUGAAGAUACUUUAUGGGAUGACAUCAUUGGUGCUACGCAGCCUUACUAGGCCACAAAGGUUGCAGAAGCAGAUGGUGGUUUGGGUACAGAUAUGCUCACAAGAGAGAAGAUAUAAGAGCACAGGAGCAACACCUAGAGCAAAUAACUGGAAAAAGGGUGUCAUCACAGCUGGGGCACUUGUGGGAUUGGGCAGCUUCUUGAUUUAUGAGACACAGCAAAGAAGAGUUGCUCAAGCUGAUUUUGAGGAGCACCCUGUAGCUGGUCACUCUUUCCCCACAUAUACAAGAGAAGAUGUAAAGAAACACAAAGCGCUGGCUGACAGGGUGUGGGUGACAUAUGCAGGAGAAGUGUUUGACAUCACUGAUUUUGUAGAGUUGCAUCCUGGAGGAGACCGAAUCCUAUUGGCAGGUGGAGGAGCUUUAGAACCUUUCUGGGCUCUUUAUGGUGUGCACAAAAGUGAGCAUGUUCUGGAAAUUCUGCAGGAGUACAAAGUGGGAGUACUUGAUUCAAAUGACAAGGAAGAGGUGUCAGACUUAUCUGAUCCCUAUUCCCAAGAUCCAUCUCGACAUCCUGUUCUAAAGAUCAACAGUGCAAAACCAUUUAAUGCUGAACCUCCUCCAGAAAUUCUCACUGAGCAUUAUAUCACUCCAAAUGAGCUAUUCUUCAAGAGGAACCAUUUACCCGUGCCUAACCUAAAUCCUGAUGAAUACCAAUUGACUAUAGAUGGACCCCAUGGAACAAAUCGGGAAACGCCACUGAAAUUGUCCCUUAAUGAUCUGAAAACAAAAUUUCCUCGACAUGAGGUUAUUGUUACCCUGCAGUGUGCUGGAAACAGACGCUCUGAGAUGAGUGCAGUAAAACCAGUCAAAGGACUAGACUGGGGUAUAGCAGCUAUUAGUAAUGCUGGAUGGGCAGGUGCACUGCUAAGAGAUGUAUUAUUAGAUGCUGGAUACACAGAGGACACACCUGGAGCUCUACAUGUGCACUUUGAAGGAUUGGAUAAAGACUUAACGGGGACAAAAUAUGGAGCUUCCAUCUCCUUUCAACGUGCAAUGAACAAGCAAAAUGAAGUGCUGCUUGCUUACGAAAUGAAUGGGGAGCCAAUUCCCAAAGACCAUGGCUUUCCUUUACGGGUUAUUGUUCCAGGAGUAGUGGGUGCUCGCAAUGUAAAGUGGCUGGGUCGAAUAUUGGUGAGCACAGAAGAGAGUUCUAGCCAUUGGCAGCAGAAUGAUUACAAGGGAUUUAACCCAUCUAUAGACUGGGAUACAGUGGAUUUUAAAUCUUCCCCUUCCAUACAAGAGCUGCCUGUGCAGUCUGCAAUUACAGAGCCAAAGGCUGGGCAAACAGUUACUCCAGAUUCUGAUAAUAAAGUGACUGUUAAGGGUUAUGCCUGGAGUGGAGAUGGGAGAGAGAUUGUGCGAGUAGAUGUGUCUCUUGAUGGAGGGAAGACCUGGAACGUGGCAGAGUUAUAUGGGGAGAAGCAGAAGGAAGGACAGUCAUGGGCAUGGAAACUAUGGAAGCUGGAGGCCUCUCUACCCACUGAAGACAAAGAAGUAACAAUUAUUUGCAAAGCUGUUGACAGCAGUUACAAUGUGCAGCCUGAUACAGUGGCACCAAUAUGGAACUUGCGUGGUGUACUAAACAAUGCUUGGCACCGUGUGCAUGUCUCUGUUCAUAGAGAUUAGCAACAAACAUAUACUGCCUAGAAGUUUUCUUCUAUUUCCUGCCUAGAAAUUGCAUCAAUUACUAGUCUAGGAGGACUUGGGUGGGUGGCCUUAACUGAAAGCCUUAAAGUGGUACUCUAGCCAAAACCACCUGUUUUGGGUCAAUGGGAAGGUUUUUUAUGUGCACAGUGAGAAAGUUCUUUGGUCACUAAGGGGCGAUCUCUACAACAAGGGCAGACAGCAUAGCAGCCAUCUAAUCUCCUAAAUGCUAGUUGCCUGGCUAUUAUGUUGGACAACUCUGCAUCGCUGGCAAGGACUAAUUUCCAAACCUGCAUACCUGUUUUAGACCAGGGGUUCCAAGUAUUGAAGACCAUGUAUUAGCCUAACAUCUAGCAGAAGUUGGCAUUGUCGGCCCUCCAUAUUUCAUCCAUGCCAUGUUUUACUUUAAAACUUCCUAACUACCCAAUACAAAAUGUUUUUUGACUGAGCUUCCUCUUUUUUUAAAUGAGCCAUCAAAGCCUUACUAGGGAUGAAUACAUAAUAAUGGGCUAUUCAGUUGAAUAAACACUAGAUUGCUA